AAACGGCCCGCGGGCAACGCCGCGCUCACGGGCGGGCGGAGCUCAGCAGCCAUCUGUGCCUUUUCUGCGAGGCGGUGGAGGAAAGAGGCGGGCAAGGACAGGGCGGCGGCCCAGCAGCAGUGCCAGCACUGCGGUGCAAGGCGGCCGGUGCUGCUGACGGGGGCUACACGCCUCCUAGAACUAGGAGCCGGUUCCCAGCCGUGACAGCUCACCGGUUUUAUGAUCCCGAAGUGGCGCCUGUACCAUCUGUUCCGCUCCUCCCCUCUCCUGAUUGGCCGCCCCGGCAGCGCCGCGCCCAGCAAUUGGCCCAAGGUCGAUCUUUCACACUUGUCCCCAGAGGAGAGAUGGAGGGUGGAGCACGUCCGGAUGCACGCCAAGCACCGCGGGCACGAGGCCAUGCAUGCCGAGAUGGUGCUGAUCCUCAUCGCCACGCUGGUGGUGGCACAGCUCCUCCUGGUUCAGUGGAAGCAGCGGCACCCUCGCUCCUACAAUAUGGUGACCCUCUUCCAGAUGUGGGUAGUGCCUCUGUAUUUCACUAUCAAGCUGAACUGGUGGCGGUUCCUGGUGAUCUGGGUGCUCUUCUCAGCAGUCACAGCUUUUGUCACCUUCCGGGCAACUCGAAAGCCUCUGGUACAGACAACACCCAGGCUGGUUUAUAAAUGGUUUCUGCUAAUAUACAAGAUCAGCUAUGCUACUGGGAUCGUUGGGUACAUGGCUGUCAUGUUUACACUUUUUGGUCUUAACUUAUUAUUCAGAAUCAAACCAGAAGAUGCAAUGGACUUUGGCAUCUCCCUCCUCUUCUAUGGUCUUUACUACGGAGUGCUGGAACGGGACUUUGCUGAGAUGUGUGCAGAUUACAUGGCCUCUACCAUCGGGUUCUACAGCGCCUCAGGGAUGCCCACCAAGCACCUCUCCGACAGCGUCUGCGCCGUCUGCGGCCAGCAGAUCUUCGUGGAUGUCAACGAGGAGGGGAUCAUUGAGAACACCUACCGCCUCUCCUGCAACCACGUGUAUCCUUCUCUGCAGUUCCCCUUAACAUGCCACUCCUCAGGUUUCACGAGUUCUGCAUCCGGGGCUGGUGCAUUGUCGGGAAGAAGCAGACAUGUCCAUACUGCAAAGAGAAGGUGGAUCUCAAGAGGAUGUUCAGUAAUCCCUGGGAGAGGCCACAUGUCAUGUACGGGCAGCUGCUGGACUGGCUGCGCUACUUGGUGGCCUGGCAGCCAGUGAUCAUCGGACUGGUCCAGGGAAUCAACUACAUCCUGGGGCUGGAGUAAGGGCAGGCGGUGGGGAGCCGCGGAACCACGAGAGGACAUUGCCACCGGGGAUGCUGGCUUUGCUCCGUCACCUCUCAGGACCUUGGCCACCCACAAGGACAGCAACAACAUCGGGGCCCCUCCUGCUGGGGCUAGGGGAGGAUUUUUUUAAAAAGCAAUUAUUUUAAUGAGCAUAUUUAAAACUUUCUAUUGCAGCCAAAAAGAGACACUUGUCCCCUUUCCCUGCCCCUCUCUGGCCCUUUGCAGUGCCCUGCUGGGCUGAGCUUUGGGCUGGGGCUGUUCUCCAGCUCCCUCCUGUCACUCUGUCAGGGGAGGCUGUGGGGAGAAGGCUUUGUUGGCUCCAAUGCCAGCACCCUGGAGCAGCCUUGCUGGCAGUGAGGAUGGGAUAUGGGGGCUGUGGAGGAGAGGCUGGAGCCCAGCACCUUGAAAGAGGAGAUCGAAGGUCACCUGGCUACUCCCAGCUCCAGGUCCGCUCUGGGCACCAUGGGUAUGCCAGCAGGAACCAAGGUGCUCUCUGGCGUGGUGAUGGUGGGCUCUGCCUCGGGGAACCCUUUUGUAUGCUCCCAAAUUUUCUGUGUUCCUCCCUGAAGUCCAGCAGUGUCCCCUGACUGCUCAGGGGGGCUCAGCCAAGGCGUGGAGCGGGGCCAGUGCUGUUCCUCUCUGUGCCCUUUUGGGUGACGGUCACGGUACGUCAAGAGCAGCCAAGAGCGGGUGCCCCGCCCCAGGGCGCCGGUCCGCCCUCACUGGGUAUUGCUCUUGGCACUGGAAUAAAAGGGAUGGAGUGAAGGUUGGGCUGGUGCUGGUGUUUCCCUGCCCCAGCAUUAUUCCAUGACAUCCUCCUGGCCAUGCUGGUAGGAGCCAUGCCAAACUUCUGCUGGUACAAGUGGCCUUGGGCUCAGUUUUGGUAGCGGGUGGGGGAAAAGUCCCCAAUCCCAGGGCCAGCAGUGAUUUUUGGCAUGUGGAGACUUGAGUUGUAUUCCCUGAGGGUCUGGUGGAGGGCUACAAGGCAGCUCCUGGCUCAGGGGAUUUGGGAAGUGGCCACAGUGGUGGCAUAGCUGUGGGUGCUGUGUGGCCUGUGUUCCCCCUGGGAAGCCCCAGCGCCAUGCUACAUCCUCUGAGUUUUCUUUUGGGUGAAACCACAUUGCAGUAUUGUGCCAAACACUGAAAUAAGAGCCCUGGAAAUGGA